CCUCUCAGACAGUCAACGUAGCUGAAGGGAUUCUUCCACAAACCCGCAGUUUCUACCGGAUCUAUUUGGAACCACAAAUUUUUCUCUCAUUGCCUGACAGGAUUGAGAUGUUACAUUUUAGGUUCUCGACAGUGCUGAAGGAGUUGUUUGAAGCCACCCUCAAGCGUCCCUCUCUCGGCUCCAGACAGAAGACCUGGUUACCGACCCGCCACUGCUGCUUCGGCGCCGCGUCCGUUGAUGCCCGAGCUGUGUCUACUCAACUGAAGGUCCUCCAUGCCGCUUCGCACCGCCCGGCGCUCCGCACCGCGCCCUGCGCCGCCCCGUACCGCUCGUACUGCGCGAAAACUGAAGGUGCUGCUGUGGAGCUGGACGAACAGCUGAAGAAGGAUGGUGUCGGCAGCGAGGCAACCAGCGACAAGAGAAGAAAUGCAGGAAUUCUUCCCAGUUUGGAGGAUUUGCUCUUCUACACAGUCGCAGAAGGUCAAGAGACGAUGCCUGCUCACAAAUUCCUCACAGCACUUAAAGCCACUGGGCUUCGCACUGGAGAUCCCCGACUGAAGGAGUGCAUGGAAACCCUCAAAGAAACUCUAAAGAACACUUCAGAUGGCGUUACACUGGACAGGCACCUGUUCAAAAAGUGUGUCCAGAGCAACAUUGUCCUGCUCACUCAGGCCUUCCGCAAGAAGUUCGUCAUCCCAGACUUCCAGUCCUUCACCUCCCAUAUUGAUGAGCUGUAUGAGAGUGCCAAAAAACUCUCUGGAGGACAGGUUGCAGACUACAUUCCUCAACUUGCCAAAUUCAGCCCUGACCUGUGGGCAGUCUCUCUGUGCACAGUUGAUGGACAGAGACACACUGUUGGAGACACCAAGGUUCCCUUCUGUCUGCAGUCUUGUGUCAAGCCUCUGAAGUAUGCCAUUGCUGUUCAUGACCAUGGCACCGAGUAUGUCCACAGUUUCAUUGGGAAGGAGCCAAGUGGCCUCCGCUUUAAUAAGCUCUUCCUGAAUGACGAGGAUAAGCCCCAUAACCCCAUGGUGAAUGCUGGCGCUAUUGUUUGUACUUCACUGAUAAAGCAAGGUGCAGGCAAUGCAGAAAAAUUUGACUAUGUCAUGAACUUUCUGAAAAAGAUGGCGGGAAAUGAGUAUGUGGGUUUCAGCAACGCCACAUUCCAGUCGGAGCGUGAGUCAGGGGAUAGGAACUUUGCCAUCGGCUACUACCUGAAAGAAAAAAAGUGUUUCCCCGAAGGGACAGACAUGACAUCUGUACUGGACUUCUACUUUCAACUGUGCUCCAUUGAGGUGACCUGCGAGAGCGCCAGCGUCAUGGCAGCCACCCUGGCCAAUGGCGGUAACUGCCCAAUCACGGGCGAGCGUGUGCUGAGCCCCGAGGCGGUGAGGAACACGCUGAGUCUGAUGCACUCCUGCGGCAUGUACGACUUCUCAGGACAGUUUGCUUUCCAUGUCGGUCUGCCAGCCAAGUCUGGAGUAGCAGGGGGCAUCCUGCUGGUUGUGCCCAACGUGAUGGGUAUUAUGUGCUGGUCGCCUCCGCUAGACAAACUGGGCAACUCUGUCAGAGGAAUACAGUUCUGCACGGACCUGGUGGAGCUUUUUAACUUCCACAACUAUGACAAUCUAAGGCACUUCGCCAAGAAGCACGACCCUCGCAGAGAAGGAGGGGAGCAGCGGCAGCACUCCUUUGGACCCAUGGAUUACGAGAGCCUCCAACAAGAGCUAGCUCUGAAAGCCCCUCUGUGGAAAAAGGUGUCUCCCACUGAGUCGCACCAGGACAGCUCCACCACUGUAGUCUAUAGGAUGGACAAUGCCGGCAAAUGAAAACUUUAAAACAGUAAAAAGGAGAGCCCGCACCCCCACCUCGCCUGAUCUCUCUCCCCACCUCUUGCAACAACAGCACCAUCUUUCCUCACUCUCAAAUAUUUAUAUAUAAAUUAUGUAGAGGGUUAUUUAUUGCUUGUGAAGCGGUUACUGAGUGAACGGACUGGGAAACUUGUUCUCUUUUUAUUCGUGCUGGGAUGAGCUACUGUUUAUUUUUGCUCUGAAUUUCAAAUGAGCCUCCACCUCCUUGUUGCCUUAGCGGUUCUAGCAUCUGAUGUACAGUGUACAGGUUGUGCUCUUUUUGUCACCUUAAUCCCUUUUAUUGCAAUCUAGUUUGUUUUAUUUCAUUUUGACAGUCUUCUUUAAAGGGUUGCUUUAUGAAAUUCAAUUUUAACUUGGGGGAAGAAAAAAAAAAAGAAAAAAAAAAAAAAAAAAGAAAUGCAACCAAAAAUAAAAAACACGUCUGAGUGUGUUUGCAUGUGUGCAGCCAGCCUUUAGACCAGCAGUCUUUAAACAAACAUUCAGACUACUUCAUAGGAAUGACUGCUUACUGUAGCUCACACUGAGGCCUAAGGCUCAAGUAAAAUUAGCACACAAGUACAGAUGAGCAGUGUGUGAUCAGAAUGCCUGCAUAGAGGCGUUUAUCGUUUAGCUGUGAACACAUGGGCCAGAGUGCAACAGUGUUUGGAUGGGUUUCCCAAAAAUGAGUUCUGACUUUUAAAGGGAUUUUAUUAAGGCAGAUGUUUUUGCUGUUGGAGUCUUACAUGAUGCACCUUGAAAGGAAAAUUCAACCGCAAACCUAAAAGCUUGUUUUAGUCACUAUCAUGAUAAUGCAACCUUUUUUUAGCCUUCUGACACACAUUUGCUGUGAACACAGAUGACUGAAUUGAGUUGGAACCACCCCACUACUAUAGUUUCUUGAUAUGGAUAAAGAUAUCUGGAACUUAUUCUGCACAUUUGUAUAUGCUGGAAUAGUUUUUCAUACUAAACAUUCGAAUGGAUAACUCGUUUGUGCCACCCUGUAUGUCUUUAUUAUCAGGAAUAGAAUGCAAAAUAGAUGUUACUGAACAACUGGCAAAACGCCAGAGUUGUGUGAACUUUGGCGUCUAAAACACAAACACUCAAGGCUGACAGACCUGUGGUUUGAUGGCAUGUUGACAAAGAUAAAAAGGCAGUAAAAUAGGCUUUUAUCUUGAGCUGAAUCCGUCAGUGUUUGUGCCUGGACCACAUUUGGGAUCGACUUUGCGUGAGUAUGAUGUGUUUGUUGAUUCCAUGCUAACAAAGAAAGCUUUGCUCUGCCAAACAGCAUAGGAGGAAGGUGAGAUGACUAAAGCAUCGGAUUUUUAAUGAGGCGUCUUGUGAAAACUUGACUCAGUUGUCCUUUCCUACCUGCCAGCACUCUCAGGAGCAGCUGUUUAGAGGACUGCUGCAGUUUUUUGCAGUUCUGUUGAGUGUAGAUGGAAAAAAAAAAAA